AUGGCACCGGCAGAAGACUAUGACAUCAAUGAGCUACUCCGCGAAGUUUCUGCCGACUCCGGCGCAAGCCCAGAGGUCAUUCCGGAGCCCCCCAGCAAAGUUGCCAGAACAGACAGCCUGGAGGAGACGCACACUAGAGCUCCUGGAACACCAGUCGAUCGACUACUCAGCCGUAUCCCGAGAGAGCUAUCUCCAGAACAUCAUCCAGCAGCAGCUUCGUCCUCUUUGACACCGGCUGAAGAUUUGGGGUCCGAUGGGCGAGUCUCGCGUCAGGUCUCCGAGUUCGAGAAUCUCCGCCAGAACUAUUACUGCCGCAACGUGAUUCCCGAGGACCACGACCACCAGGAAUGGAGCGGCUCCUUCUUCAACUACCAGCUCGGAGACCAGAUCCUGACAGUGAGCUCGGAGGGGUCCUGGAACUUCAUGGCAAAGCGAAAUGAUGAGAUCUCCCUCAAGGACCUGACUGCCGAGGAGAGGGUUCUCUUUGACGAAUCCGACGAUGUGGAGUGGACGGCAGUGGAGAAGACGGGCACCAUCAAGGUUCUCAUGGGCAAGGAGGCGAACGACAUGAGAAAGAAGUAUCCUGAUCGAAUCCUCUCCUCAAGGAUGGUCAGGAGAAAGAAGCCGCAGCCGGAGCUACACUCGUGGAAGGCCAAGAGAGCGCUCAUUCAGAUCGUGGUCCCGGUGUACGGGCUAGAUGACGUCGAUGACUUCAUUGUGGCGGCUACGCCGGCUCACUAUGAGGCCUUGCGUAAGUCAAUGACAGAACGGUUCCACUUCGGGAAGUGGGAGAAGGGUGAGGAGGAGUUCCAGGCACUUCGCUCCUUGGUCUUUAAGAUCAACUGGGUUGGAAGAGAGAGUCGACCAGAAGCUGCGGGCAUUGCCUCACUGAUGGCCAGUCGCCUCCCAAGAGCGACCAUUGGGGAUGUGAUCAUCGUGAAUCGGUUCGUCAGCUUCCUCAGGUCGACAGCAGAGCGCCCCAUGAAGAUCUGGCGUUUCCAUCCCGAGGAGAUGUGCUUCAUCGCUGUCUCUGAUGCGGGCGGCAUUAACAUGCAGGGCACGGACCUGGUGGAUGCAGAGGGCUUGCCUAUGGAUGCAACUCAGGGGGCGUGGAUGGUCCUGACUGCGGGGGCUCUUCCGCAAGGGAAGGCAGCAGUACGGGCCUCACCAAUCACCUGGCGCUCCUCUCGCCUCAAGCGCAAGGUGUUUUCUACGUUUGGUGGGGAGACGCAGGCGAUGCUGCAGGGCGUGAACGAAGUCGACUGGGAGAACCCCAGUGGGAAGCAGGACAGAAAGAGCGCCUUGGAGCUUGCCAUCAUCCUGAAGGACCUCCAGGAGACACGCUCGAUGGUGCGAUGGGUUCCGCACCAGAAGAUGCUAGUGGACAGCCUCACUAAGCUGGACCCCCUGAAGGCGAACGACGCUUUGCACCAGUUCUUGCGCAGCGGCUGGCUGAGUCUCGUAGAUGUACAGGAGGAGUUGACUUGCCGGAAGACGGAUCCGGCAUACAAGUGA